CUCUCUUGAAGCAAAAGAUAAUUGUAUGGCCUUAACAGUUUGUCAAUCAAUUUCAAUUUUAUUGCCAUGGCUUGUUCUCUCUUUCAACAAAAUGGUUAAAUAGUUAUUUUGAUUUAUAUUAACGGUUUUAGGCUAAACAAUAUGUGCUUCCAUUAACACUAUUUUUUUUUUUUUUCAGGGUUUUCAACAUCAUAUUCAGAUUCCCCCCCAACUCAUUACACUCUAAAAAUCGCGUCCUUUUCAUUGCUAACCAAACUUUCAGCGGACAAAUAUGAGUCGGGAGAAUUUGAAGCUGCAGGAUACAAAUGGAAACUAGUGCUCUACCCGAAUGGGAACAAGAAGAAAAAUGUGGAAGGCCACAUCUCUGUUUACUUGGAAAUGGUUGGAGCUGAUUCACUUCAGACAGGAUGCGAAGUAUAUAUAUGUUGAUUUUAGGUUCUUUUUGCUUGAUCAGAAUAAAGGCAUGUUCCUGGUUCUUCAAGAUGCCAAUAAAAAGGAAAAGUGUUUCCAUGGGAUGAUGCGUUAUUCAGGAUUUGAUAAGCUUGUCACUCUUAAAUCGUUUACUGAUGCUUCCAACGGAUAUGUCGUUGAUGAUUCCUGUGUGAUUGGAGCUGAGGUCUUUCUUUGUAAAGAAAGAAGAGCUGGCAAAGGAGAGUCAAUAUCGAUGAUCAAGGAUGCUGUUAUGUGCAAGCAUGUUUGGAAGGUUGAGAACUUUUCAGAGUUAGGCAAUGAAUGUUGCAAAUCAGAACCCUUCACUGCCGGAGAACGGAAAUGGAAGAUAAAGCUCUAUCCCGAGGGAAAUAACGCUGGAAAGGGUACUCAUAUUUCUCUUUACUUGGGAUUGGAUGAUCCAGAAUCUUUUCCUUGUAUUUCUCUUUUAUUCUCAGAAUUGGGCGAUCCAAAAAAUCUUGCUGGCCCCAAAGUAUUUGCAGAGUUUUCACUGAUCAUUGUAGAUCAAAUGCAUGCCAAACAUAAGUGCUUUAAAGGUAACAACUGGUUCUGUACCUCAAAUCUGACUUGGGGCUGGCCUAAGUUCAUUUCGCUGGACACUUUGAAUGAGGCAGGCAAUGGGUUUUUGGUGAAGGAUGCUUGCAUAGUUGAGGCAGAGGUCACUGUCCAUGGAACUGCAACUGUACUGUAGUUCGCAUGUCGUAUGUUUUGGCUGUUGCUAAAAAGAUGUUACAAAUGAAAGGACUAAAAACUUUGUCUAGAUGUGGGUAUACCAUAGUGCUAAAAUCCUCGUUCACCAAAUGACUUUUGAUUGAAGGGUAUUUUGAUGUUUUUAAUUAAUUUCGUCUAAAGUUUGUGAUUUUUCCUAGUUGGAAGCCGCUUUUCUUCUUUUUAAAUAUGUUAUGCGUUUAGCAUAUUGAGCCACUGGCAUGCACAUUUUUUAACAUUUCACCUCAUCAUGUGAGGUCAGUUAAGGCUAAUAAGUAGGCAACCUUUUUAGAUGAUCACUCUGUGUUUGGAGCGGACGUCUUUGUUUGUAAAGAAAAAAGAACAGGAAAUGGAGAGUGUCUAUCAAUUCUCAAGAAUACAUGCAUGAGUUUAAAGAAGGUAAAAGAUCGGCCUGGUGGUUGAGUGUUUAACUGUAUAUAAUGUCAUAUAACAUGUCACAUCUCGG